UGUUGACUCUCAUUCUUUGUACAGUUCGGGGACUGAAUAAUUUUUAGGCAUUUCCUUUCCUUGUUUUUUCCCCCUUGCAUGUUUCGAGGAAAGGACCGAAACUCCUUACUUUAUUUUACACGUUAGCGCUUGUCUAAUUUGUAAACGUUUUCUUCACCAUACCUUUCUCCGUAGUUUACAGGAAAAGAUUAAACUCGCCUGGAGUAGGAUCUAUUUAAUUCACUUUACCCUUCCUGUCUCCAAAGGCUCAUAUUUUAUUAAGCAUACCGCAAUCAAAUCCUAUGCUCUCUGUUCCUCCUCUUUCUAUAUUUUAAAAUAGGUUGUUAGCGUUUGAUCUGGAACUAAUGGCGUCUUCUUCAUCAUCUCACCAGCAAAAUCGAGAAUCAAAUGCUUUCUCUGGAAUUGAACCUGCUUGUCAAAGAAGGAAGGUUUCUGAAUCUUCGAGUGUGUUUGAUGUAUUCAUCAAUCACAGAGGUCCCGAUGUCAAACAAACUUUGGCAAUGAAGCUUUACAAACGUCUUGAAGGAUUGGGAAUAGGUGCGUUUCUUGAUUCUGAAAAGAUGGAACUUGGAAAAUUGUUUACCUCUACUAUUAAGACAGCCAUCAACUCUGCUAAGGUACAUAUAGCCAUCUUUUCCGAAGGAUAUGCAGAGUCCCCUUGGUGCCUGGCUGAGCUGGUUCUAAUGUUAGAAACUGAGGCCGAAAUCAUUCCUGUGUUUUAUAAAGUGAAGCCAUGUGCACUCCGCUACAUUGAGAAGGGCGUAUACGCUGAUGCAUUCAGUAGAUAUAAAGAGAAGGGGAGGUACCUGGAGAAGCUUAACGAGUGGAAGAAAGCCCUUAACCAUGUUUCAUUUAUGGCUGGAGUUGAAUUCGACAGUGACUGCAAAUUCGAAAUCAUAGUAGAAGCAGUAGAAAGGGAAGUACAAAGGAAACGAUGUUUAUAUGUUGCAAAAUAUCCAGUAGGGCUUAAAAAUCUUGUGGAAGGUUUUGAAAGGCGAUGCCUUGAUGAACUUGUCCAAGAUUUUGAGAACCGGUGCUGUCUGGAAGGCAGGAAAGAUAAGCCUAACGUUGUUGGCAUUUUCGGCAUGGGUGGAGUGGGAAAGACAACUCUUGCCAAAGAGUUGUUCAAUAGAAAGCGUUCAGAAUACUCUGGAGGAAGCUUUCUGUUUGAUGUGCGAGAAGAAAGUCAGAGGUGAACUACGUCGUUUGCAAAGUCAGCUUGUCAAGGAUCUUCUCCACAGAGAAAAAAGUUUUGGAAGUAUAGAGGAAGGAAGAAGCUAUCUCAAUGAUCAUCUACCAAGAAGCCCUUUAAACUUCCUAGUAGUUGUAGAUGACAUAGAUCACGUGGAGCAGUUAGAUGCUCUAUUGAUCAUGGAUAUCCUAAAUAAAUUAGGUAAUAGUCUUGUUAUUGUCACAACCCGUGACGUUGGAGUGGUGAUAUCUGCAGGGAUUACCGUUGGUUAUCCUUUAAAAGGAAUGGACAGAAACAACGGGAGGCAACUCUUCUGCUGGCAUGCGUUUGACCAUCCCCUUCCAAGAGCUGGGUACGAGGCGUUGGUUGAGCAAUUCGUAGACGUGUGUGGAGGGUUACCUCUUUCUCUUCUGGUUCUGGGCCGGCUCGUUCAUGGUAGAGAUCACAGGUUUUGGAAGUCGAAUUUGAAUAAAGCUAGAGAGACGCUGCCACGAGAUGCAAAACAAAGAUUGAGAAUAAGUUUUAACGCAUUAGAGGAUGAGGAGAAACAAGUUUUCAUGGAUAUUGCUUGUUUCUUUUUGGGCAAACCGAAGUGUAUGGCUGAAAGAAUAUGCGAGAUAUCAGGAUGGGAUGCUCAAAAUGCACUGCAAACACUAAAAGAUAAAUGUCUUUUAGAAGAAGAAGAAAAACCUUGGUAUGUGAAUGGCAAAGGGAAAAUUGUAUUGAGAAUGCAUGACCACUUGAGGGACUUGGGAAGAGAAAUGGCACUGGAGUUCAGUCCUCCUCACCGCCUGUGGCGCCCUCAAGAUCUGGAAUCUUUGGUAUGCUUGUUACCCCUUCAGAUUUGUCGUUAGUGUUAUAAUAAUAACAAAUCUUAAGUUGUUACUACAUAAAUUCAAAAUGCGCUGCUUGCUUCAGUAUAUGCAGGAAUGGACGGGUUUGCAAACUAUCCUCAGCAAAACCAAAAUUAGGUGUCUCUAUCGGAUGUCUUUCGGUUCCAGUCACGCUACACUCUUUUUAGGCCAAUCAGAUAGUUGUGUUGACACGUCAGCUUCCUUACUAUGGCUCGAGGUCAAGGGGGACGGUUAUGUGCACCCAGAAAUCACAGAACAAUCAAAGAUCCUUUCAUAUGUUCCUCUUCAAAAUUUGCAGUACUUGAAAAUCUCCGGUGGACUAUUCAAAACGUUGUGGGAGAAUCGCAGACAGGUAUUUUGAUCUUUUCUUUCCAAAACGAAAUCUUUAGUAAGGCUAUAUAGUGGAAUGCAUUAUAUUAUUUUUUUAGUCAUAGAGAUUUAUAAAUACAUAUUUACAAUUCCA